AUGACGACUGAUGCCAUUCACCCAGAGGGUGUAUAUCGAGAGCGAACGACUGUACCAUUGCCCUUCAGCCAAUCUGACAAGGCGCGAUAUACAGUCAGUAUUGGCGGUCGUCUCACACAGCUUUCCCACCGGGUCAACAAACUGAAGUUAUGCUCCAAGAAGCCUGCCCUCAACAAGUAUCUCAACAUGGUGCUUAUCAUUGUAAUAGGCGUAUCGCUGCUGUUCAUCGUUCCUACCAUCCUGUUCAUGAAAGUCGAAGGGUGGGAUCUGAUGGACGCGAUCUACUACUGCUUCGUCACCCUCUCCACCAUUGGCUUCGGGGACUUUAUUCCAGCGUUGUCCGAAAAUCGAUUCUCGAGGCGCGCGGACGCCCUGACGGUGUACCGGAUAGUGACAUACGUCUGGAUCCUGUUCGGCCUCGCCUACGUCGCGCUCAUCAUCAGCUACAUAUCCAAUAUCCUCGUGCGCAAGGCCGAGAAGGUGGAGCAAAUGAGUCGGAAAAAAAUCGAGACUGAAAUCAAGCAACUUCAAAAAGAACUAUCGAAGACUAAAUCCAACAUAUAUUCCAUCGCUUCCAACGUGGCAGAAACAGUGAAUACGGGGUUAGAUGGAGUACGGAACCUUUCAUAUCGCGAUCUCGCCAAUCUGUCAAGGUCGAAUAAACAAAUGGACAGCAGAGUUUCCAUGCAAACGGCGGGUGAUUCAACGCAUGUGCAUGCCAGUGAUAUUGAUAUAGUUACCGUAAAAACGCUCACGGUUCCAGAGUUACCAAUGAGACCCCGCAGUGCAGACGAUAGUCUAUUCCGGAAGUCACGACCGAGUUGUAAACCAGAUCCGGUGCAGCUUGUCUCUUAUAGAAGAAAGAGUUUAUCAUCUUGACGAGUAUUUAUCAUUAAUGCGAUAAUUGAGCAAUACAAGAAGCUACACAUAUAUGAGUCGCGCUCUGAGAAAACUGGGCAUAAUGCAUAUGCGUAAAGUGUCGUCCCAGAUUAGCUUGUGCAGUCCGCACAGGCUAAUCAGGGACGACACUUUCCGCAUUUAUGGUAUUUUUAGUUUCAAGGAAAUCCCUCCUUACCGAAAUCAAGUUUAGG